AUGACCAAAACUAGACGAGGAUAUAUAGCUCGGAGACGUAGAACAAAAAUUCGUUUAUUUGCAUCAACCUUUCGAGGGGCUCAUUCAAGACUUACUCGAACAACUACUCAACAAAAAAUGAGAGCUUUGGUUUCGGCUCAUCGGGAUAGGGGCAGGCAAAAGAGAGAUUUUCGUCGUUUAUGGAUCACUCGGAUAAAUGCAAUAAUUCGUGAAAAAAUGGUAUUCUAUAGUUAUAGUCGAUUAAUACACGAUUUGUACAAAAAACAGUUACUUCUUAAUCGUAAAAUACUUGCACAAAUAGCUAUAUCAAAUAGAAAUUGUCUUUACAUGAUUUCCAAUGAGAUCACUAAAUAA